AUGUAUGUGUUUCUUGCCUUUGGUGCGAGCGUAAAUGGCUUUCCUUUCAUGCGCAAAGUUGUUGUAGUCGACGGUACGUUUCUCAAUGGUAAAUACAAAGGGACGCUACUCGCAGCACUAGCUCAGGACGGUAACUUUCAGAUUUUUCCAAUAGCGUUCGCAGUGAUUGACACUGAAAAUGAUGAUUCGUGGCAUUGGUUUUUUACGCAACUAAAUCUUUUGAUUCCUGACGACGAGGGUCUUGCGAUAAUCUCGGAUAGGCAUAACUCGAUAUGGAAAGCAAUUAGAAAUGUUUAUCCGUUAGCUUCUCGGGGAAUAUGCACCUACCAUUUAUAUAAGAACAGAUUGGGACGGUACAAAGGAAAAGAUGUAUUCCGUCUGGUGAAGAAAGCGGCGAGAUGUUUUAGGAUGUCUGAAUUUACUGUGAUUUUCAAGGAGAUUGAAGCGAUUAAUCCUGAACUACGCGGCUACCUCCAAAGAGAUGAUGUCCGACUGCGGACGCGUGUUCAUUUCCCGGGCGAGAGAUGGUUUGCUGAACGGAGAGAGGAUGCCAGAUCGCAGCCAACCACGCUUACGCGUGGUGUUGAGAAACUACUACAUGGUCGUGUAACUGCCGCCAGAGAUUUGACGGUCCAAAGGAUUGAUGAUCAUCACACUGAAGUUAAAUAUGGAUCUUCUAGCGAGUCUUUGAAUGUUGUUAAUUUGGUAGAGAGAAAGUGCACAUGUCAGCGUUUCGAACACGAGAAAUUAUCAUGUGUACACACAAUCGCAGCUGCGGAGUACAACAAUGUUUCUCGUAUAUCCCUGUGCAGUCCUUACUAA